GCGCUUCAGUCUGGCGGCUGCUCUUCAGUUAGAGCGGAGGGAAGACACAGACACACACACUCACUCACACAAGCAGCCAAAUCACAACAACGAGUAGCACCGCAGUUAGAGCAGCAUGGAGCUGUAAGAACCUGGGGCUGCCCGGGACCAGUUCCCCAUCAAACGAUCCCACUUUGUUUUCAGUUACUUCUCCAAGCUACGUGCGUUCCUCCCUCAAUAUGGACCUUAAAGGCUGCUGGCUGUUUCUUGCUGCGCACUUUAUCCUUAUCUGUCAACAAGCUGGAGGAUAUACAUACAGAAAUCAGCGCAAGUUCUCAGAAGACAUUGACUGGUCAUAUGCAGGAACAUUAAACCAAAACUACUGGGCCAAGAAGUUCCCUUUAUGCAGCAGUGCCAAGCAGUCUCCCAUCAACAUCAACGAGAAUCUGGCUCCAGUGAAACUGCAGUAUCAGAAGCUUAAAUUUGAUGGUUGGGAGAGCCUGACAACUGACAGCACAACCAUCAAGAAUGACGGCAAGACUGUGGCAAUCAACGUGGAUGGAGAGUUCUAUGUCAGUGGAGGAGGUCUAAGGUCAAAGUUCAAAGUGGGUCGCAUAACCUUCCACUGGGGGCGCUGCAAUGCCUCUUCAGAGGGUUCAGAGCAUAGUCUGGAAGGAGUCAAAUAUCCUUUAGAGAUGCAGAUCUAUUGUUAUGAGGCUCAUCAGUUUGACUCUUUAGAUGAAACCAUCCAGGCCAGGGGGAGAAUCACAGCAUUAGCUGUAUUCUUUGAGACAACCACUGAGGAUAACAUGAACUAUGCUCCCAUCAUAGAUGGCAUCAACAGCGUGAGCAGAUAUGGAAAGGGUGCAGAGGUAUCACCAUUUACCCUGCUAGGUCUCCUGCCAAACUCCACAGAGAAAUACUUCAUUUACAAUGGAUCCCUGACCACACCGCCCUGCAGCGAGACUGUCGAGUGGAUUGUUUUCAAGAACAAGGUGGUCAUUUCUGACGAACAGCUGGAGAUGUUCUGUGAGGUGAUGACAAUGCAACAGGCUGGAUAUGUUAUGCUCAUGGACUACCUGCAGAACAAUUACAGGGAUCAGCAGGACCAGUUCAUGGGUCAGGUGUUCUCCUCCUACACCGGCAUUGAAGAGGUCCACACACCAGUGUGCAGUUCAGAGCCCGAGAGCAUCCAGGCAGCUCCCCAAAACCUGAGCAGUCUGCUGGUGAUAUGGGAGCGGCCACGGGCAGUGUAUGACGCCAACAUUGAGAAGUACUCCAUCACUUAUCGACUGGCCAAUACAGAAGACUCUACCUUGUCUGAAUACCUGACUGAUGGAUAUCAGGAUACAGGGGCAAUACUUGAUGACCUGUUGGCCAAUUCCACCUACAAGAUCUGGGUGGUGUCCAUCUGCUCUAAUGGUUUGCGUGGACGCGUGAGUGACUUGCUGACAGUUGUCAUGCCCGUCGAUGACCCUGAAAAAGCUCUGGAUCUGGGUUCAGAUGAAACUGAGUUUGAGGGCAAAUAUGAAUCAGACUUGUCCUGGAAUGAGGUGCACCAAACUGAGAACAAUUUGGAUUGGAGUUCUGAAAAUUCACCAAAGACUACAACCUCUGCACCCCCUUUGUUCCCCCUGCCUGGUAUUAGAACACCUACAGAAAAGUCCAGUGAGAGAAAAACCACCACUGAACGUGCUCCAGCUCUAAUAUCCAGCCAGUCUGGUCAAGUUGUAAGACCUUCUGAGGAGACAGAAGACAGUACUCCUUUGCAACCACCGGAGGACACUAAGUUGACAGAAAGCAGAGGGAGUGCAGGCAUUGGUAGCAACACUCUUCUCUAUUUCACAACAGAAGAACCCCUCAUUUCCAGUUUCACCACUUCUUUCCUCACAGAGGCAGAUGGUGUAAACAAAGGCGUAGUUCCUGAAAGCUCAUCUGAAAAAGAAAAAGGUGGCUCAAGUACUAUUUAUCCUGAAGCUUUUGACACAAAAACAGAAGGUACAAAAGUUAUUUUUCAGUAUCCAGCUAUCAUGACCACAGUAUCAUCUCUUGCUACAGACCAGAGCAGGACAUCCUCAUCAUCCUCUAUCCAAGCCGAAACUGAUCAGGGUUUUGCACGAGCCAUAAAUGAAGAUGAAAAUGUUUCCACUUAUCCCAGAGGUUUUCCUGAGGUUCAGACAUCAGCCUCCACUGCCCAGACUUUAUCCUCCACAGAAGCCGUUCAGGAUAGUGCCACAAGUUCCAGCAUGCCUCAUUUCUCAUCCACAACACCCUCUGUCAUGAAGAGGGGCAAUGUCGUGCAGGUCACACAGUCGCUGUCAAACGGUGAGCGCAGCUCUGUCUUCUCCUCUUCUUCCUUUGCCUCCUCCCCCCUGUGUGACACCUUGGACCCAAGUGCCGCUCCCUCCACUCGCUUGCAUGACCCUUCCUCCCUGUGGCCUGUGUCGUCUACCCGUGCUCCAGCCUCCCAGCAUGCUACUACUGGACUGCGGUUCAGCAAAGACCUGGCUUCUACUUCAGUCCCUUUCCUCCCUGCUUCCACCCUGCCUCAGCUCCCUCACCCUUCACACUCCCUGUCUGGUCUGACAACUGACUCUGUGUACUCUGACAUCCGUUUGGGGGAUAGCGAUAAUGAUGUUUUGUUGUCUGGGUCUUCAGGUGAUCUCUCUGUACUUAGUAGUACCCCUCCACUUGAAACUGUGCUAGACUUGGCACACACCAGUGUCACAGUUGAACUGUCCAAUUCUCCCUGGGAUUUCUCCUCCUCAACAUUCUCUCUUUCUUUUAGCCCUACCCUGCAGCCUUCAGUUGUUUUCUCUAGUGAUUUCACUUUUUCUGAUGCCACUCUGGACUUCUCCAAAUCUGCAACAACUGGGUUUGAGGACUCAAGGUAUGCAACUGGGAGCACAACUGAGUCUUUAGUUCCUGAGAUCGGUGGUGACGGGUUACUCCUAGCAAGUGAUGUGGACAUCAUGUGUGGCUGUUCUCUCGAGGCAUCUUCAUUGGGGUUGCAUGCCUCUCCUAAUGUACCACUGGCAUCAGCAGCCAAGAGCUCUAGAAGUUUAGAACUUUACUCCAGCAUGAAUCUUCUUUCAGCUUCUGGUGUUGAUGUAGAAAACCGCCCAACAUCCCUAGAAGGUUUGGCCUCUCCUGGCCUGUAUUUUGACCACUCUCUGCAAUCACACAGUGCUAGCUCACAUUCAAUUUCCUCCCCACAGUUUCUCCAAGCCACCCAUAGUGACCUGCAUCUUUCUGUUACAGCCACGUUGUCUGUUGCUACGAAUCCUGGGUUGUCAGCAUCAGAGAGAACAACCACCUCCCACACCUCUUCCCUCACUUUCCCACCCACCACUUCCCCAUUUACCCCCACUCCAGAGGAGCAGGUGUUAGACUUUAGCAGCAGCACCUCAGGAUCAGCCUUCUUCCCAGACUCUCAGGAAGGAGUAGACCAGGAGUGGGAUAAGAGUCAGUCCUCAGCCUCUGGAGUAGGCCCUGUUCCUCAUCCAACCAAAGUUGUGAGCACAAUUCCUCCUGUCCUUACCUUGGAAUCUGGUCAGAGCCCAGAUGAUGUGGAAGAACACUCUUCAGCUUUCUAUUUUGAAAGUGGCAGCGGCAGUGCCAUCGACCUAGAAGCAGGAGGCAAAGCCACUUCGGCUGUUUCAGAGGUGACCUCGGGUUCUCCCUGGUCUCUGGGAGGGACAGAGUAUAGCGGCUCAGGUCAAGGAGAAGGCCUCAGUGACAAUGAGACAUCUUCUGACUUCAGUAUUUCAGAACGCACAGAAACAGAGUCUGAGGAAGAGGAGCCUGUUUCAGAUGCCAGUAACAGCAGCCAUGAGUCGAGGGUUGGCUCUAUGAGCGAGAAAGAGAAGAAGGCUGUGAUUCCCCUGGCCAUCAUUUCCACUCUCACUCUGCUGGGGCUGGUUGUUCUCGUUGGCAUCUUCAUCUACUGGAGAAUGUGUUUCCAGACAGCUCACUUUUACAUUAACAGCAUAUCAUCACCUCGAGUCAUCGCGCAGUCUACAGCUGGAUUAACAUCUGAUGAGGACACCGCUUUUCCGGUGAAGGACUUUGUCGAACAUGUUGCUGAACUUCACAGCACUCAGGGCUUCCAUUCAGAGUUUGAGACAAUGAAAGACAGUUAUGAGGAGGUGCAGGCAUGCACAGUCAACAUGUGGAUGACCACAGACAGCUCCACCCAUCCUGAUAACAGGAAUAAGAACAGAUACAACAACAUAUUGGCCUAUGACCACAGUCGGGUCCAACUUUCCCCAGCAGCAAAAAAAGAUGUGAAAACUACAGAUUAUAUCAACGCCAACUAUGUGGAUGGUUAUAAGAGGCCACGGUCAUACAUAGCUGCUCAGGGCCCUCUGAGGGCCAGCACUGAAGAUUUCUGGAGGAUGAUUUGGGAGCAGAAUGUCCACAUCAUUGUCAUGAUCACCAACCUGGUGGAAAACGGACGGAGGAAGUGUGAUCAGUACUGGCCAGCGGAGGUGCAAGAAGAAUAUGGGCAGUUUCUUGUGACCGUAAAAAGUACCAAAGUCCUGGCUUGCUACACAGAGAGGACAUUCAGUGUGAUGAACACACUCACCAAAAAGAGCUCAAAGAAGGGGUGCAGCAAUGAGCGAACAGUGACACAGUACCAGUACACCCAGUGGCCUGAUAUGGGUGUCCCAGAGUUGGCUCUGCCUCUUCUCAGCUUUGUUCGCAAGUCAUCCAGAGCCAAGACAGACAACAUGGGCCCAGUAGUGGUGCACUGCAGUGCUGGGGUUGGUCGGACAGGCACAUACAUCGUCCUGGACAGCAUGCUCGAACAGAUUAAGGAUGAAGCAGCAGUCAACAUUACAGGCUUCUUGAAGCACAUCCGCACACAAAGAAACUACCUGGUUCAGACCGAGGAACAGUAUGUUUUUAUCCAUGAUGCUUUGGUGGAAGCCAUCUUGUGUGGAGAGACUGAGGUAGUGGCAGCCAAUUUGCACAGUUAUGUGGAUGAGCUGCUGACUCCAGGGUCUUCUGGGAGGACACGCCUAGACAAACAGUUUCAGCUGGUGUGUCACACUGAAGGAAAAACGGGGAAUUUCUCUGCAGCUUUGCAGGACAACAACUUCGAGAAGAACAGAGACUGCUCUGUGAUACCUGCUGAGAGGUCACGAGUGCGUCUGUCUACGACAGCUGGAGAAAUGUCAGACUACAUCAAUGCCUCAUACAUCACUGGCUACAGACUAAAUAGAGAGUUCAUUAUUACCCAGAAUCCUUUGCCUGGCACCAUAAAGGACUUUUGGAGAAUGAUAUGGGAUCACAAUACCCAGGUCAUCGUCUCAUUGCCUGGGCAGACAAUGGAGGAGGCAGAGCUUUGUGCCUUCUGGCCUGGCAAUGAGCAAUCCAUCAGCUUCAAGAUGUUCACUGUCACCCAGAGGAGCGAGGCCAACAUCUGUCUGUCCAAUGAAGACAUGCUGGUGGUCCGGGAAUACACACUGACUGCUGCAAAGGAUGACUUUGUACUGGAGGUAAAACAUUUCCUCGCCCCUUGCUGGCCAAACCCUGACAGUCCCAUUAGUAACAUCUUCGAGCUCAUCUGCUUGGUGAAUGAAGAGAGGCUGGACAAGGACUCCCCAACUGUGGUCCAUGAUGAUGUGGGCGGAGUCACAGCAGGAAUGUUCUGUGCUCUGUCCUCCCUGAAGCAGCAGCUGGAUGCUGAAAGCUCAGCUGACGUAUUCCAAGCAGCCAGAUUGACAAACCUUUUGAGACCAGGAGUCUUCAGUGAUGUUGAGCACUACCAAUUCCUGUACAAAGCCAUGCUGAGUGUCAUUGGGACCCAAGAUGUUGAGAAAACGUUUGUGUUCUCUGACAACGGAACCACCACUGACAGCCUUGAAUCUCUUGUUUAAAAAAGUCUUUCAAAGAAUAAGUUGUUGCUCUUUAUGUUCAUUAAGCACCAAUAGAAUCUCUGCUCACAGGCUUUUGUGAUCCUUCUCUAGUUUAAGACAGAUUCUUAACAGGUUUGUUGACUUUGGACUCUUUUAUAUUCUGUGCCUUUUGUAUUCUUCCUCUUGUAGUUGAAAUUUUGUUACAUUUUGUACAUUAACUGUCCAAUAUUUUAAUGUACUGGCCUGAGAAUUUGUACUAAACUCUUUCUAAACAUUGUAUUUAUUGGCACUGAGCCUAAAGAGGGAAGCUGCACCUUUUCAGAUUGGAUGUUCUGUUAGCUGUUCUUUUCCACAGCUCUGCCACUGGAAUCUAUUCUGUGAAUACCACAGCAACAGUAGCUACAGUGUGCUAAACAUGAGAAGGACAUGGAGUAAUAAAACAAUCUAAUGUAAAUAAUAAUAAUGUGGUAAUCACCUUGAUGGACCAAAUUUCUAUUUAUACUUGUAGAUUUUAUAUUUUUAGUGCCUAUAAAUGGUUUGAUUAUGACUGUUUAGCUGAAGAUGAUUAAUGUUUUUAUACUCGGUUUUGUAACAGACUAAAUGUGCUGCAUGGGGUUACUGACAUGGUAGGUUUUUAGUUGGAUGUGAAACACAGCUGGAUUUUUAGUAAGGGGAUUAAAUUGAUUAAGUAAAAGAACUACAAACAAAAAA